GUAAAACCUAACCUCACAAAAAAGUAUCAACAAGACCAGUAAAAUAAAACCGAACUUUACACCGAAUGUAAACGAAAAUUUGUUUUCUAGCCACUGAACCGAUAUUCGAGCGGUCUUAUCGCCAAAAUGUCCGAUUUCUCCGAACUUCUCCAGGAAGCCGAGAAGCUCUCCAACGAUUUGGAAGGUACCACCGAGCUGCCCAAAGUAGAGCGCUCUUUGCACCAAGUACUAGAGGCCGCGAAUGAUUUGUACACCAGAGUGGCCCAAACGGGGGCCCAAGACAUCCAAGCCAAUCUACUCUUAGGUUCCAAAGGGAUAGAUUUGCCGAAAAUCGCCCAAAAACUCGAAUCCUUGAGUACCAAACGAACCUUCGAACCCAUCCAACCCGUAGAAGAUUUAGACAUUGCGAACAUUUUGGAGAACGAGAUAAGAAAUAAGAUACUCGGCGUGUUCGAUUCGGGCUACAACAAAAUGCUGGCUUAUACUUACGACAUGUCUUGGGAGCACCAGCAAUCCGAGUGGAAGCAGGAGAAGAGAAAAAUAUUGAGCGCAAUGAGCACCAGUUCCGGCGCCGCCAUCGAAGUAGGCAAACACCUGACCAUAACCUUCGACAAACCCACAUUUUCAUCAGGCAACCUGGGCCCCAGCGAAACCAUUUACAUCGAGAAAAUCACCGAUUACAACAAAACCGUUUGCAAAGGCACGCAAAAACCGAAUUUAGUGAACGUUUUCACAACCAUCGCCAGCGAAUUCAAAGACGCCAAAGUCUCCGAUAUGUGGGAAAUCAUCAAAUACAUGUCUCAACUACCACCGUUCCCCCAAUCGGACGAUCCCAUCAAAACCAGGAACAGCGAACAGUGCAUCGAAGCGCUCGUAAAACAAGCCAAGAACUAUCUACAGAAUCGAUACAAAACCUACAUGAAUAACAUCGUCAACGAAGACCUCGCCAACGCCCUGCGCGGCGGCGUCCCGGGCACCUACCACUUGGUGCGCAGCUUCGUGGGGCUCCGGCUGCAAGGCGAGUACUUGGGCCUGCAGGACGGCACGAUCGAAGACCGGCCUCUGUGGCCGAUGGUCUAUUACUGCUUGAGAUCCGGCGACUUAUCCGUCGCGAUAUACUGCUUGAAAAAGAGCGGUUUGCCGGAAUUCCAAGACAUCGUCUCCUUACUAGAAGCCAAAUUGAACGGCACCACCGGUAGCGAAUUAACCCGCUUGGAAGAGGCCAUUAAAUUUUCUUACAGAAGAGUCAUACGGAACGAUACCGAUCCUUUCAAACGCAUCGUUUGGUGCAUUUUAGGUUGUUGUGAUGUAACCGAUGAACAUUCCGAAGUAGCUAGAACAGCCGAUGACUACCUUUGGUUAAAGCUGAGCUUAGUGAGAGAGAACGCUUCGAAGGACAACUGCAUUCGUUACAAGGACUUGCAAAGGACCAUAUUAGAAGAAUACGGUGAAACGCAUUACAACGCGUCCAGCCAGCCUCACUUGUACUUCCAAAUGUUGGCUCUAACCGGGCAAUUCGAGGCGGCCUUCGAGUUCCUCUCGCGAGUGGAGAAAUUCAAAGUGCACGGGUUCCACAUGGCGCUCGCCCUCAACGAGCUCUACAUGCUGGGCGCUCCGAGCGACACGGGCUGCCCGUUGCUCAGCACCGAUCCCAUGGACGAGAAGCCCUCGUGCCGGCUGAAUUUGGCUCGAUUCGUGAUGAUCUACGUGAAGAAGUUCGAAUUGACCUGUCCCAACGAGGCGUUGCAGUACUUCUACUUUCUGCGGAACUGCAGCGAUUCGAACGGAGAGAACAUGUUCAAAACGUGCACGGCGUAUUUGGCGAUGGAGACCAAGCAGUACGAGCUGAUUUUGGGCAGGGUCCAGCAGAACGGGAUCAGGACCAAAGGUUUAAUCGAUCAAUUCGCCGAUGCGAACGUCACGGCGGAGAGCGUGGCGCAGUCAAUAGGCGAAAAUCUGGUGAAGAAAGGCCUGUUCGAAGAGGCCAUCGAUUUGUUCGAUGUGGCCGACAACCAAGCGGAAGUGCUGAAGCUGAUAUGCAGCCUUCUAUCGAGGACGGUUCAUUUGGAAAACGAGCCCGAUUCGCUGCGAUUUAAGGUGCAACAAAAGGCCAAUCACUACGCCAACAGGUACUUGCGAGAAGGCUACAAAACCUCCACGCAUCUGGUGAACUCGUUUCUGAAACUCAAAGACUUGCUGGGCUUCUUCGAUCAGUACCACGGCAAGAACUACAACCAGGCCUUGCGGACGCUCGGCGACGUCGAGCUGGUGCCGCUGAGGCCCGACGACGUCGACGAGAGGGUGAAGAAUUUCAAAAACUUGCACCCGGACGUGUGCCGGGUGAUUCCCGACGUGCUGCUGGCUUCGAUGAACAUGCUGUUCGCGCAGUACCAGAAGAUCAAAGGCAACAACGAGUAUCUGCCGCGGUUUAAGGAAGAGGGUACCGCUACGCAACUGGCGCACCUGCGAGAACAGGCCAAAUGUUUGACCAAUUUCACCGGCAUGUUGCCGUACCGGAUGCCCGGCGACACCAACAGCAGAUUAGUCCAAAUGGAAAUUUUGAUGCAUUAAUGAUUUUUUUUUAAUAAAUAUUAAACUUA